AUGGUGCGGGGGACUGCUCUGCUGAUAGCCACAGCGAUGUCGCUGCUGCUGGCGCUAGAGGGGAGGGAGGAGGGAGGGAGGGAGCGAGCGAUGAGAUCGGAAGAGAAAUGUCCCCAGCAGGCGUUGAAACGAGUCGGAUGGGCGGGAGGGAGGCCGAGUGACGAGCAUCUUGCGAAAGCAGCCCUGCAGCUCAGCGACGCCGGGCAACGAGAUCGAGCGAUGGGAUGCAUCAAGGUCGCUCUCAACGACCACCCGAGGUCGCAGUGGGGACAUGCUGCGCUCGGACUAAUGCUCGAGGGAAAGGAGGCAGAUGCCUCGCUUGCCGAGGCAAGAAAGUUCGGAAGAUCCCUUGUGAAGAGCAGGACGUGGGAGGUUUUAGGUCCCUUUCCUGCAGGGAAGAUGGAGCUAGAUGGCGACCCCGUCACGUCUCCUAUCUAUGGAGGAGUUGAGAAUGCCAGGAAGUCGGAUCGCAAGCGAUUCGCGUCAGAGUACGCGGAAGGCGGAUUCGUCAGGUGGCAGACCAGGACAGUUGAGCCAGAGGCAGGGAUGAUGGAGCUAUCCUUCCCAGAGGUCAACUGGAACAAACUUGUCCAGCUCACCAACUCUAUGCCGAUAUUGGAGUGGCAAGCUUGGGUUGCCGUCGACUUUCUCCUCCUCGAGGACAUCAAGGUUCGCAUCUCGUGCAUGGGUGUGCACUCCUUCUCUGUGGACAAGGUGGGCACCCCGUGGUAUGCGGGCGACAUCUACAGGAGUGGGACCUUGUGGACGGUGCUGGAGCUGAGGAGGGGGCGACACACUGUGUACAUGAAGGUGAAGGCCAAGAUCUCGACGCACGUGCAGGUUCAGAUCCUGACGGUCGACGGGGACAAGAAGUUCGAGGUCUUCAGCCCUAAGUGGAUGCCCGAUGUGAUCGACGGGAAAUUCUUCGGCGUCGGCUAUGGAGCGAUUCAAAUUCUCAACUUAGAUUCCAAAUCGUUCCUUUCAGACAUUCAAAUCUCAGUCGCAAAGUCGUCUUCCUCGCUGUUCAGCACUGGAAAACCGACUGUUGCGCAUACAUCCUUGCCAGCGAUCAAAAGCGUCGCGCCCAGUCAAACUCUUGCUCUCCAGUUCGCGAUGGAAGUCGUGGACGGAGGACAAGGCGGGCAGCGGUGCCCCUCCUCGUUCCGCGUUGAGAUCAGGGCAAGGGUGGAAAGCAAGGAGUUCACAGUGACAUCGGAGACUAUCAGCGUUCGAUGCCGGGAGAAGGAGAAUCAGAGUUUCAUCAUGUCGUUUGUGGAUCACGAUGGCUCCGUCCAACACGCUGCAGUGGUUCCUCCUCUCAAGAGCUGCGAGCUAGGGAGAGCUGGGGGAAGAGCGGACGGGAAGUGCCCUGUCGUCUUGUCCAUGCACGGCACAGGCGUGAAAGCCAACGACCAGGCGGAUGCCUACAAGUUGGAGGUCAAGAAAGACGUCUGGGAGUUCGGUGUGCGAGGAGCAUGGGUUCUCGCGCCCACGAGGCAUGGGGCGCACAACUGGGAGAGCAGCGGCAUGCUGUCCUCGCUCUCGGCGUUGGAUGCCUUGGCGAAAAUCACAGAGGCUGGAUGGAAUAAGUUUCUCCCAGCAGACCCAUCUAGGAUCAUCUUCGCGGGUCACUCGAUGGGGGGUCAUGGCGCAUGGCAUAUCUCCACUCACUUCCCCGACAAGGCUCUUGCUGUCGUCACUGCCGCCGGAUGGAUGAGGAAGGAGUAUUAUGGGGAUUCCAAUGUACUCUUCGAACAUGAUAUCUGCACAUCAUACGUCGAUGCGCAGCUCAAGGCGAUCUUUGAAUCCUCAGUCGUCGAAUCCUACGUCGAUCUGCUUGCUCCGAACCUUAAGGGCAUCCCGAUCCUCGCUAGGAUUGGGCAGGAGGACCGAGCAGUUCCUCCAUGGCAGCAGAGGAGGAUGAUGAGAAUCUUAGAAGAAGGAGGGGCGACUGUGGUGUGGGAGGAAAUUCCUGGGAAGGAGCACUGGUGGUGGGACACGGAGAAGCAGAGCGAUGGGGGAUGCAUCAACGACGACAACAUGCGCGCGUUCUUUGCAGCAGUCCUGCACAACACAUCCCUCCCUGUCGUUGACUACUCUAUGAGCGGGACAAAGUCGAAGAGCAGGAAGAAGAAGCUCAAGGUGCCGAGCUCUGGAUUCCUGGACGAGGAGAGCGAGUUUGUGGCUUCCCUUCCUCCUGCCCCUCAUGUCUGUGAAGUUUCGCUCGUUCAUGGUUUGACCCCAUUACAGGAAUUUGACUUGAUCGUCAUGAACCCGGCGAGUCAAGGGAGAAUAUCUGUUAAACUUGCUAACGACACUUGGAUCUUGAAGACAAGAAACAUUCGUCGGUUUGCCUUCGAGAAAAGUGCUGCAACCCCUCACCGCCUUCACUUCUUUCAACGAGAUGUUCUUGUCGACGGCAUCUUAUUCUCAGCUUCUGAUCCGCAUGAGUCAGUCGAGGCGCUAGUCAGCUCCUCCCAGCACCUCUGCUCCGACCCCUUGUCAAACAGCAAGUGGAGGAGGUGCCGGGAAGAUGAGAUGUUGUCAAAACCUGCUGCACAGCUGUUUCCAGCUGAGAAGGGGCCGGAUACUUAUGGACCAGCUCGACUUGUGGCGGAGUCUCCUUUCUUUUUUGUUGUUGGUGGGCAGAAGGAGGAAUGCGAGGCGAGCAAGGGAGCUGACGGCAACUGUUCUCGUCAACCUUCGCUGUCACAUCUCAUGCUGAGCGGUGCCGUCUACCUCGCCAACCUUCAUCACUCUGCUGCCGACGCGAACCCGCAGAUCCUGCUAGACGAGCAAGUCACAGACAGCAUGAGAGCAGGCGCAAACCUCAUCCUCUUCGGCUCCCCCAAGGACAACAAGGGCCUCCUUCCUGUUCGCUUUGGUCCCAUGGCAGCAGCAGCAAAUCUUCCGGAGGUUCCUGACGGCGCCUUCGCCAUCGGCAAGUGCAUCUUUCAAGGCCCGUCGGUCGGGGUCAUCUUCACGUUUCCUCUUCGCAAGGGCCUGUCUGUCGGCGAUGCUCGGGCAGGAGCGCUAGGGCUCGUGAUAGUGGGAGCAGACGAGGAUGGUCUGAGGGAUGUGCUGUCCUUAGGGCAGCCGACAAUCCCCCCCAUGGUUCGUCCCCCCUACGCCAACAUGCAGCCAGACUUCGUUGUGACUGGCCCAGAGCUCACGUGGAAAGGAAUAGGUGGUGUCCUUGCAAGCGGCUACUGGGGAAACAGCUGGGAGUUUCUUCCCGAGAGCUCAUACAGCAUAGAUCCUUGCGCGUGA